UCUCAGUCUGGAUUGGUUUAGCCGUGAUUCAGGGUUCUCCAAUGGGAUCUGAUUUUGUUUGUUCCUGGGGAGAGAGCCGGUUCGCGGGAAAUUGUGCGUCUCUUACCGGUUUUAUAAUCCAGGAGAUUAACCAAUUUUGAAAACAAACAAAUAAAUAAAACAUGUUUUGUGCAUAGAGUCAUCAUAGGGGAUCGAUUUUAAUGUUUCGUUAAGGGGAUGAAAACUGUUUUAUUGUUCCUGUUGAAACAGUUGUGCAUGCGCAUAGUAGAAAGGAUGCCGCAAAAUGGUUUUUAGUCUUCGUUUAUAAUUCUGCUGAGGCAUUUAUUGUGGUAUCACUGCCAACAACUUUAUCCAGUAUUUAGUAGUCUAUUAUCAAAUAAUUAAAUCGGUUAUUCCCCUUAGAAAAUAAAUUCAUCACCCGCGGCUAGAGGUGGUGAGACUGUUGAUAUAAGUAACAAUAGAGCCGAGCCGAAUAGUGGAGAAAACCCUACAGGGAGACCGCAUCUGGCCAUUAUGAGUUUAUUCAACUUGGACCGAUUUCGCUUCACCAAGGACAAGAGGAAACCCGACUCGGCGGUGCUGGCGGAGGAGUGCAGGUCCGAAAGCCCGGACUCUGAGAAAGAGAAUAAAACAGUUACUGUGGUUCCAGAGACCCCAGAACCAAAGCGCCCACCUUCUAAUAAGCAGAUUAAAGGAGUGGAGUUUUUAGAUUCGGACUCGGAAGCAGACGACCUGCCUUCGACGGUUUCAGAUGCGCCUUCCAUAAAAUCCAAACCUGUGGCAAAGGAAAAAAGAAAAAAACUGUACUUAGAAGACUCUGAAGAUGAGGCAUCUCAGAAUUCUGACCAGGUGGAUGUAGAAACUACUGAGGAGAGGCUCUCAAAACUGAAGGAGAUCUUCCCGCAGAAAGACAGUAAACAGCUGAAAGAGGUCUUAAAAAACACUAGCACUUUGGAUGGAGCAGUGGCCUCUUGCAUGGUACUGUUCGGAGAUGAAGAUAAUGCGCGGAAGAGAAAGAAUAAAGACUCUUCGAAGAGCAGCUCUGAGGAUAGGGACAUAGUUCAACCAAGCAAGAAGAAGAAAACAGCAGUGGAUGAAAAUGAAGCCGCUAAUUCCAUGGAAGAAUGGGAGAAACAGGAAGCCACCUUGAGGAGACUUCAAAAGAAAUUCCCUAAUUUAGAUAAGGAGGAGCUGAGAGAUGUCCUGCAGGAACACGAGUGGUGCUUUGAAGAUGCCCUGGAAGCGUUGAGAAUGUUUUCUGACCCAGACCAAGACUCUAGUAGUUCACCUGAACCCAAGGUGACAAAGGAGCAUACUGUAUCCCCAGACAUCAAAACCUGGCUCUCUGCUGGCGAGAGACCAGUGGCAAGAAAACAGAACUGGAUCUGCAGGCCCAGUGAGUCGGGGAAGAACAAGGCAAGAGUGACCCGAGUGGAGGACAGCAGCUCAGAGGACGAGGAAUCGAUCAGCAGUGACUAUGAGAAGUCCUCUGGGGAGGACUCCGAUGCAGAAGAUGGUUUGAAUCAGGAAUUCAAAGCUAAAAUAUUGACUUUCCUCCAGGAUGCAUCAGUAGAUGAGCUUUCCUUGAUAUCCCAGUGCUCUGUUAAAAAGGCUCAGAAGAUAGUAGAACUCCGUCCCUUUAAAAAUUGGGAGGACCUAAUCAAAACAUUUACUAAGGCAAAUGGCCUGACUGAGGACUUGAUCUGGGGCUGUAAAGAUGUGCUUAAAGAGCGAGACGUUGUCCUGGGGCUGAUGACAAAAUGCGAGAAGAUCUCGAAGAAGAUGACUGAGGCAGUGACGCGGGUGACAGAGUGUGGUCUCAACACCUUCAAGCAACCUGCUCUUCUUAACCAGAGGAUGCAGCUGAAACCUUACCAGCUUAUUGGGUUAAACUGGCUAGUUUUGCUUCAUAAAAACAAGUUGAGCGGCAUUUUAGCUGAUGAAAUGGGCUUGGGGAAGACUGUUCAGGCAAUAUCCUUUUUGGCAAACUUGUAUGAGGAGGGAGACCAUGGACCACAUCUCAUUACUGUUCCUUCUUCUACCUUAGAUAACUGGGUGCGAGAGCUGAAACAGUGGUGUCCUGCCCUCAAAGUUCUGGUCUACUACGGGUCAGUGGAAGACCGCCGGUAUCUCAGGCACGAUAUCCUUAAUAAGGAAGUAGACUUCAAUAUCAUUGUCUCUACGUACAAUCUCACAAUCAGCAACGCAGAUGACCGGAGUCUGUUCAGGCGCUUGAAACUGCAGAGUGCCAUCUUUGAUGAGGGCCACAUGUUGAAAAAUAUGAACUCUCUGCGAUACAAGCAUCUCAUGACCAUAAAUGCCAAGUACCGUCUACUGCUGACAGGCACACCCCUGCAAAACAAUCUGCUGGAGCUCAUGUCACUGCUUAACUUCGUCAUGCCCCACAUGUUCUCCAGCAGCACCAGUGAGAUCUCCAGGAUGUUCUCCAUGAAAUCUUUUGAGGAGCAGAGCACUUUUGAGCGGGAGAGGAUAGCUCAUGCCAAACAGAUAAUGAAGCCGUUCAUACUGAGAAGGGUUAAGAAUGAGGUCUUAAAACAGCUUCCAUCCAAAGAAGAAAAGAUUGAGUUCUGUGCAAUGACUGAGAAGCAAGGGAAGUUAUAUUCUGCUCUUUUUGAGAAGCUGAAGCGAUCUGUAAAUGGAGAAAAGAAGGAGCUCUGCAAUGUCAUGAUGCAGCUCAGAAAGAUGGCAAACCACCCUUUAUUGCAUCGCCAGUACUACACAGAAGACAAACUCCGGCAGAUGUCAAAGCUUAUGCUAAAGGAACCAACUCAUCACGAUGCUAAUCCUGACCUCAUCUUUGAAGACAUGGAGGUCAUGUCAGACUUUGAGCUCCAUAACCUCUGCAAACAGUACAAGAGCCUCUGUAAAUUCCAGCUGGAUACAAACAUCCUUCUGAAUUCUGGAAAGUUCCAAGUACUUGAGGAUAUACUUGCUAAAAUCAAAGUGAAGGGCGACAGAGUUGUCUUGUUCAGCCAGUUCACCAUGAUGCUGGACAUUGUGGAAGUUCUGCUCAAGCACUUGAAUCUCAGAUAUGUGAGAUUAGAUGGCUCAACUCCUAUGGCUGACAGGAUCCACCUCAUCGACGACUUCAACACGGACACGGACAUCUUUGUGUUCCUCCUGUCCACUAAGGCGGGAGGGCUGGGCAUCAACCUGACGUCCGCCAACGUCGUGGUUCUGCACGACAUCGACUGCAACCCUUACAAUGACAAGCAGGCAGAGGACCGCUGCCACCGCGUGGGGCAGACCAAGACGGUGCAAGUAAUAAAGCUGAUCAGCAAAGACACGAUUGAGGACUGCAUGUUGAAAGUCAGCCAGAAGAAGCUGAAGCUUGAACAAGACAUGACCGCAGCAGUAGAAGGGGAAGAGGGUAUCAUUCCUGAAGACAUGGCUUCAUUAUUAAAAGCCACACUUGGGCUUUGAAAUCUUCCUUUUAGGAUUUGGAAAACCUGUAAAAGUGAUUUGAAGAGGACAUCCAACACGCAUUGUACUUGAAGCACUUGACUGAAUUUACCUCCUUGUCUGACACUUUCUAUGAAUACUGUUCUGUAUACCAGUAGAUAAAGCUGCUUUUCUAAAUACUUUCCUGUACUGGCAUUACUGGAAGAAUGGUCAGCACAGGACAGUUGUUUUAUAAUGUAAAAUUAAACAUUGUUUUCAGUGCCUUAUGUGUUUUCACUGAAUUUUUUGUUGGUUGUUGUUGCUACAGUGUUUAAAGAGAAGUCAAUAAAAGGAUUCUGCCUUA